UUAAAAUUCAUUCAAAAUCCUGGCGAUAUCUUUCAAAUACAUAUUCUAUAAAAUAGUGUCUGAAAUAUCUUAUAUAUUUUGUAUAUGUUCAAGCAAUUGGCAGAGAUAAGUGAAAGUUUUUCUUUUGGAUAUCGUCAGCCAUUAUGUCUUUGUCAACCAAAUUCGACAAGUUCUCAUUGGUGCAGUUUGGCGCUGCAUUUAUGUUCUAUGUGGAAAAGCACAAAUUGAUGGAGUUGAUGAGUCGUUUGCUGGCCGAGAUCUCCAUCGAACCAGUGGAUGAUAUCCGUCGCUGGUUGGGUGAAAAUGUACGACGCAUUGGUCAUGAUAUCUAUACGAAAUCAUUGGAUGCCUUUCAUCGUGGUGUAUCAGGUGAUUUCUAUCAGUUGCCCAGGAGUUUCUUUCAUCGCAUAGUUUUGCAUGGGCGUCCAGGUUCAGGUCGUCGUUCACUUGCCCAUGCUCUGGGCCAUCGUUGGGAUUUACUUAUUAUCGAUGCUGAUGCAUUAGCCUAUCACUCCAUCAAUGGAGAGGAUCAGGACAAUGAACAUGUCAAGCAAUUGCAAAAUGCCAUCGAAAAGGAUUGUGUGUAUGGCCGAUCGCAGGCCAUUGGAAAUCUUAUACAGCGGAGAUUGCUCCAAGAAGAUGCCAUACACAGGGGCUGGAUACUCUAUAAUUAUCCAAAUAAUAGUUGUGAGGCUCGAGAACUCUUCGAUGGCUUCUGUGUGCCACCUAAUCGAUUGAUUUACCUGCAAUUGGAUGAACGCAUGGCAAGAAUGCGCAUUAUAACCAAUUCCUAUACACCAAGUCCUCAGUCUAGUAUCACCUAUAUCGAUAGUCAGAUGGAACAGUAUAGCAAAAGCGAGCCAGCCCUGGAUGCCUAUCUCAGCCAUCGCCGUGAAGUGAUCUACAUUGAUGCCAAACGUUGUUUCGAGGAGGUCAAGUGCGAAAUAAUGUCCGAAUUGAAUAAAACUCCGUAUGUAUUGGGUUACAAGUACGGCCAGCCCCCAGCUCGAAUCGAAUAAAUUGACGGACUUGGAGAAAUGUGUUCAAUAA